CCGUGCCCCCGUGCCCCUGCAGCACCAGAGCGCCUCUUGAAUUAAGCUUCACCGGUCCGACCAGCCUUCACCAUCCCAUCAGUCACAGACUCACAGUCCUGUGCUCAGCGCCGAAUCGUGGGCAACCUUCCUAAUGAUCAGCAUAUGCAGCGAUCCCCUCUCCUCUCCUCUCCUCUCCUCUCAUCUCUAGUUUGGUGUCACCAGGUUCGUUUGUACUCUGAGCUGCCUGCUCCUGCUCUUCUCAUCUGUUCUCGGGCGUCCUGGAACAGCUGCAUUGUAUCGCACUGCGAGCGAGGUAUGAGCAUGCGACCAGUUCUGUAUUUUAAGCCCACACAUUUUUGCUGCACCGCGCAGCGUAAGCAAUUCGAGCCAUGUCGUUUCAGAACCUCUCGCAUCUUAGGAAGAUCCAGAUCUGUCUCGUUGCAGCUCUGCUCGCCAUUCUCUACUUCAUAUAUGCAACCAACGACUCGACGACUUUUGGCAGUGGAAAGUCAGUACCAGUAUUCUCGUCGCCGCCGAGCCCAUCAGGAUCAGCCGCCCCAGAGGACGAAUACGUAGCCUUCUGCGUCGCGCAUCGCAAUCAACGCAGUGACCUUGCCGAGUUUUUCAAACAUCAUUACCAUCAUCAUGGCAUACGCAGAUUCUACAUCAUGGAUGACCAGUCCAGUCCACCCCUCUCGAGUUUUGUCGAGGACUGGGGCGUCCCACGGUCGAUGCUCUCGUUCCAAUAUUACGAUAAGCAAGCACAACAUAAAGACAAAGUGAUGCAAACCCACAUUUACAGCGAGUGUGUGAGGUUGUACGGAUCGCAGCAUACAUGGAUGGCAUUUGUAGAUGCGGAUGAGUUUUUCGAAGCCCGUAAGGAGGGCGAGACUCUUACUUCUAUCUUACGCGAAUUCGGGGAGCAGGAGGAGGUUGGAGCCUUGGGGGUGAACUGGCGCUUGCAUUCGUCUGCGAACCUCACGAAGAGGCCGGAUUCGAUGCGCAAGGGCUUUACGAGCUGUGUGGGAGACCCGGAAGUCCUGCCACUUGACCAACUCCCCGACUACAAAGACAAUCGACUCAUUAAAUCGAUUGUCAGAACAGCCCUGUACGAGAAGCCCCUGAGCCCGCAUAUGUUCAAGACAAAGAAUGGGACACGUACCGUGGGCGAGCAUGGCGAUAAAAUCGAAGAUGGAGAUGGGAUCAGGCAGCCGAUCACAAGAGAUCGGAUUGCAUUGCAUCAUUAUACGUUAAAGAGUAGGGAGCAGUUUGAGGAGAAGACGAAGAGUUGGUCGAUGAAGGGUUGGGAGUAUUGGGACCACAUUGAAGGCUUGCCUCAAAUACAUUGCGAGGAAAUGACGAAGUAUGACCCUUAGAUGUCUUCAGACGGCAUGGCACUUGGAUAGUAUAUAUAUUUGGACAUUGGAGUUUUGUUAUUGCCUACCUUUUGGAGGAGAAGGGGAUUCUGGUCGCGUAUCAGUGGAUGAUUGAGCUUUGCUCCUAGAUUUCUUCAGCAUUGUACAGUGCUGGGUUCUGCAUUUGGGGGAUAUUGAGUCAUUGGCUUCAGUUGUCUGAGCUGGAACCUUUCUGGAAACUAAAUCAUAGACUGAUGAAAGAAUUUAAUGAUACCAACCAAACCGGUUCAUUACU